CCUAGGCUCCAGAAAGGGGUGGUGGUAGCGGUGGUGUUACUGCCUCGGUGCCCCCCUUUGGCAAGCGAGGGAGGCGGCGUCUCUAUGUGGCGGUGGCCGCUCAGAGUGGAAAGAGGGCCGAGCGCGCCCUGACUGACAGCGGCACUGAGCGCCUCCCCCCACCCCGCGCACCCCACCCGACGCCCAACACCGAGAGAAGGAAAAGAAGAAGCUGCUCCCGGGGAGUGUCUCCCUCGCCCGCCUGCGCCUCCUCCCUCAUCACCACCUCCCUUCCCCCUCUCCGCCCGCGCUUGCUGAGCUAAGUCGGGUCACUCUGGCGAGCGCCGCCUGGGCAUGGCUCAGCGUUGCCUGGUCUGCUGCGGGGCCGUGGCAAGGCGAGCAGUUUCCUGAGUCCAGAUGUUCCCAGUCAAGAGCUGAUGUUUGCUACCUCCUUCUCUUCCACCCCAGAAAGCUUUUGGUGGAGGUGUGUGACCUUAAUUUCCCAGUCAGCAUGGUUGUCCUUGAAAAUUCUGGGAGCUGAAGUCCACUCCUCUAGCGUGUCCUCAGAUAAGGGUUUCAUUUUCUUCUUAGAUCUCCAGGAGAAAUUGGAGAAUUUUUAAACAGAUUGGAGAAAUUGAUUCAAAAGAAAUACAUUAUCAGGUUUUGCUGGUAUGGGUAAUCUUCUUAAAGUCCUUACCAGAGAAAUUGAAAACUACCCACAUUUUUUCCUGGAUUUUGAAAAAACCAAAUGGGAAAUCUUUUAAAAGUUCUCACUUGUACAGACUUUGAUCAAGGGCCCCUUUUUUUCCUAGACUUUGAAAAUGCUCAGCCUACUGAUGGAGAAAGGGAAAUAUGGAACCAAGUUAACGCUGUUUUACAGGACUCAGAAAGUAUGCUUUCAGACCUGCAGUCUUACAAAGGAGCUGGACAAGAGAUUAGAGAUGCAAUACAAAACCCGAAUGAUAUUCAGCUGCAGGAAAGAGCAUGGAAUUCAGUAUGCCCUCUGGUUGUGAGGUUAAAGCGGUUCUAUGAAUUUUCUCUCAGACUAGAAAAAGCAUUGCAGAGCUUAUUAGAAUCCUUGACUUGUCCACCCUACACGCCAACUCAGCACUUAGAGCGAGAGCAAGCCCUAGCAAAACAAUUUGCAGAGAUCUUGCAUUUUACUCUCCGCUUUGAUGAACUUAAGAUGAGAAACCCAGCAAUUCAAAACGACUUUAGCUAUUAUAGAAGGACAUUAAGUCGCAACAGAAUAAACAACAUGCAUCUUGACAUUGAGAGUGAAGUGAACAAUGAGAUGGCUAACAGAAUGUCACUGUUCUACGCAGAAGCUACACCGGUUCUGAAAACGCUGAGUAAUGCGACCACCCAUUUUGUUGUAGAAAAUAAAACGUUGCCAAUUGAGAACACAACAGAUUGUCUAAGCACGAUGGCCAGUGUAUGUAAAGUCAUGCUGGAAACACCAGAAUAUAGAAGUAGAUUCACCAGCGAAGAAACCCUCAUGUUCUGCAUGAGAGUAAUGGUUGGAGUAAUUAUUCUCUAUGACCACGUUCAUCCAGUGGGAGCUUUCUCAAAGGCCUCAAAAAUAGAUAUGAAGGGUUGCAUAAAAGUUUUAAGAGAACAGCCACCAGACGCUGUUGAAGGGCUUUUGAAUGCUCUCAGGUUCACCACAAAACACCUGAAUGAUGAAUCCACUUCAAAGCAAGUUCGAGCGAUGCUUCAGUAAUGCCCCCCCCUUUGAGAAAUGGACUUUUUAAAUUAUUUAGAGAAGGUGUUUGUUUACAUAAUUUAAUAGUUUGUGGUGGUGUUAGUAAAGAUGCAUAAUUUUCAUGAUAUAACAAUUGAUUUCUUCCUGUUGCUGCAGUGUGUGUGGAUCUGUAUCAAUAACAUGACUGACUACGUAAUGCACGACAUCCGUUUAUGUGCUUGUAUUACCAUUCAAAAAGUUUUAAGAGGUACUGUUUAAUUUGAAUAUAUAAAUAAUGAAAGUGUCUAUGUGCCUUUGUUUUUUGUUAUGUUAAGAGGGUUGUGUUUUGGGGAGAGGUGUUUUUUUUGUGUGUGUGUGUGUGUGGCUGUGUGGCUGUAUGCAGAAUAACUCUUUGGGAUAAUCCUUAAAACAGUCAUAACUCUUGACGAUGUGCCUGUGAAGAUCUUGGUGCAACCCCCCCUCCCCCCCCCACUUGGUCUCCACAUUCAUUUAACUUUUGCAACACUGAGUGCAUGUGUUGUGUGGAGCAAGGAGUGUGUUCCAGUUAGCCAGUUCUUUCUGAGACUGGUAAACUCCUUUUUAAACGAAUUUAGCAGGGUUUUCACCAAGGCCUGCACAUGUAUAUACAAUAAUUUUGUUAAGUUUUUAAAUUUAUAUGCGUAAUGCUUGCCUUGUGCCUUUAGGCAGAUAAGUGAGCUAUGAAUUAUGGAUGUAAACCAAUGCCAGCCGAGUUUUGAUGUCGAACUCUCAGCUUGUUAAACCAAGAUAGAAUAUGUGUAAGACUUGCACCCUUGCAUUCUCUCAUUGUAUUAUCUUCUCUUUUUUUCAUUGUGAACCAUAAGCACUGCUUCAUGGAUUAAUUAGCCAUAAUUUCUUAUCCUGUCCAUACCUGGAAAUUUUGCUUCCUAGUAUCAGAAGAAGCCCCAAUCUUAAAACAGACUUCCAACUGGAGGAGAGAAGGAGCAGUGCAAGGACAUAUAUGCAGCACAAGGCCUAUGCAUCUCUUGGACUCAGUAACGCAAGAUAUAUGUACAUUCAAACCAGGAAAGAAUGCAGGACUGUGCAGAAACCUAAUGAGAGACAAUGCUGCUGUGUAUAGUAUUACCUGUGUCUGUGUAUGCUUGUGACCAUACCAACAGCAGCACUGAGUCCCUUUGUGGUAUAAGGCACUUUUUUGCUGUCUUCUUCAUACUUCUAUCUUAGAAGAUUGAAACAUGACCUACCACAACGAUUCCUUAACCAUGCACAGCAUCCUGGCAUUAAUAUGUGUGCCAUUUUUGAUUUAGACCUUACUUAAGGCCUAGCUCUUUCUUUGUAUGACAUCCAAUAAACUCACUAGGAAAAUAAGGGGAUGGGGAGACUCUAAGAAGCAUUUAUUUUUGACAUUUUAAAAGAUGUAUUUAACCAGGUGCUUCACAAUUCAAGCAACUUGAAAUUGUAAUUCAGCUCUCUCUGUUAACUGUGUUGUGCAUUCUAAUGCUGAAAGUAAAGUGGUUCUACUCCACUCUACUUACUAUGAGCCACAUAAUUUUUUAAUAUAAAAAAAUAAAUAGUUUUAUUUGUGGCAUUGGAAGAGAUCUUGGGUAGAAAGAGAUUCUCUCAUGAAACCUGGUUCGGUUGACUGCAUGGCAUGAUUAACUCUUAAUAUAUCUAUUCCUAAGAAUACAACUUGUAAAAUUAAUUUUUUUGCCUUUUCUGAGCAACAUCAUAUCUGAUAUUAUGCUGAUAUUGCUGGAGUUGUUGUGAUUGUUUUCCUUUCACAGAUUCCACCUAUGUAUAAUAGAAAUAUUUCCAAAAAACAAACGUGAGUUUACCUUCCAGGGGCCCCAAGUCAUGUUAUCUAAACAACAGUCAAUAGUUUUUAAUGACACUGCAGUUACUGCCAAUUUCCCUAGAUAGUUUUAUGUUACCCAACACUACUGAUCUAGAAAUGCAGCUCUUCGUACUCACAGAUCUCCUAAAGUUCAGAAAUAUGGUUCAGAUUGUAUAACUCAAAACACUCGGCAUAGCAUUAUGUUGAUUUCUGCAUAUUAAUCAGUUUGAACUAGCUAGUAUCUUUAAAUGUGGUGCUAGAAUCUUCCUGGAGCUGCAUUUGUUUUAAUUCAUAUUGCGGUCCUUAGACAAGGAACUUUUUUGCCUGUUUCCCUUUUGAAUGUUUCUUCUAAAUGAUGAGCUGCAGCUGUGAAAUGCUCAACUUGUAAGAUUUCUCAGAAAACAUGCUCACUUUGUACAGUAUAUGGAAUAUGGUAUUCAUAUAUUUAAAUCAGUUGAUUUAAAUGUAUGUCUUAACUUUGACUACAUUUGUGCAGAUUAGCUAAAAUAAAUAUUUAUAUGUUUGUAGAAACUUGGAUCCCUCAAAAAAUUAGGAGACAAAAGGGUCUAAAUUGGAAACAUCACUUCUUGGUACAAAUUUAGAAAUCAGGGACUUAAAGAGCAGUCUUGACAAUGUUGAUUUGAACUCAUAAGGUUGUGCUAUUUGGGGUGCCAGUCUUGUAAGCCUUGUUGAAAGUUGUUUAAGACAAGUGAAAACUCUCUAUUUUUAUAUCUCUUACUGAAUUUAUAAAUUUGUUGCGUUGAUCUGAAAUCCUCACAACUGCCAUUUUGUGAUGCUAAUGUCAUGCACAAAUUACCCAGGAGCAUUUGUUGAGUUCAAAGCACAGAAUAGGUUAUUAUUGCUACCCAUACACAAUCAACUAAUGGUCAAAGCUAAAUUGGCACUAAAUGAAGGGUCAAUGGAAUUCAUGGCGGGACUGGGGCUGGAAUGAGAUCUCUUGGGGUAACACAGUGACUCCAAACUGAUGACAGAUUUAACUCCGUCUUUCAGCUCAACCUGGUCUUCUCCAAAUCUAGGCAAGCAAUUCAUGAAGUGAGUUGACUUCAGGUAUUGCUAAACUACAUCUUGCAGUAGGUUGAGCUACCUUGGCCGAAAUAAUGUCGAGAGAUUUUAUCUCAUCCCCACUCAGCUAGCUCUGAAUGGAUCCCAUUUUCCACCUACUUAAUGCUAGGGAGAAAACAGACAAUUGUAGCAGUGAGCUUCUCAACAUAUAUAGUUUUUCUCCCCUCUCUCUUUGUGAGUGUUUGGAUUUGACAGUUUUUUCAUAAAGUAAUUGUAUUAGAUUUCAAAAUUCUAGAAAACAUUGCAUAUUUUAUCACAGAACAUAAUUUGAUGAAAUAUUUUCCUAUUGUGCAGUUAAGCUAAUAUAUUGGAAUAUUCAUACAGAAAUCAAACUAGAUCAGUAUGAUUAAAAUAAAUUCAGUUAUACUUAUUAUAUCCUGAUGUGUUAAACAGAGGUGUCCAACUUUGACAACUUUAAGACUUGUGUACUUCAACUCCUGCAUUAAACUAAACUAUUGCUUCUCA